AUGAGGAAAAAAAAAGGAGGCAAACAACCACUUACUUCAGCCAUUAAUGAUUUUAGUGAUUGGAUGGACGACAACGAUCUUUUUGAAGAUGAUUCUUCGGGUUGUAAGUACACUUGGGUUAAUGGUCAAUAUGGUGUUAGAAGAAUUCUUUGCAAGUUGGAUCUUGCUGUGAUUGAUGAGCGAGCUCCUUUUAGAGUUCAGAAGAUGUGGUUUACACAUUCUAAUUUCUUGCUCAUGGUUAUGGAGAGUUGGAAUGCUCCUUUCUCUGACUCUUCUGCUUUUAUUUUUCCCUACAAGCUCAAGAGGUUAAAAGAUGCCAUGAAUGAAUGGGAUUUACGGGCUUUUGGUAAUGUUUAUGCUAGACUCAAACAUGCUAAAUUGAGUAUGGAGGUUGCUCUUCGUAUUUCGGAUGAGGAUCCAAAAGAUAUAACUAAGCUGAAUUCUUCCAAGGAAGCUUCUAUUAUUCUUCAGGAAAUUCGAAUGCAACAAUCUAUUAUGUUGAAGCAGAAAUCCAAAAAUGAUUGGCUUACGGAGGGUGCUAGUAAUACUUCUUUUUUUCAUGCCAAUAUUCGAACUGACAGAAGCAGUAAUAUGAUUUCGGAAUUGGUGGAUGAUAUUGGGAAUGUUCUCUCUAAUUGUGACCAGAUUAGGGAUUAG